GUGUUUACAAAAAAUCCGAGACGGUCGGGAAAAUAAUCGCAGAUUUUACAUUCUUUUCUGCUGCUACAGAAACUCGAAUCCUGCCACCAUCAUGAUUUCCGACGUCCAGCUGGCCGUGUUCUGCAACGUGUUGGGAGUGUUCCUCUUUCUGCUGGUGGUCGGCUUCCAUUACAUUAACGCCAACAUGGGAAGGUAA